CUUGGCCCUCCUGGCGUCCUUGGGCGUCUUGACGAUGGUAAUCACGCUGCACGAGGUGGGACACCUUGUGGCGGCGCUAUCGCAGGGCAUCAAGGUGGACGCGUUUUCCGUCGGCCUAGGUCCGAAGCUACUCUCUUACCGCGCGGCGGACGGGAAGGGCGGAUUAUUGCAGGGGAAGCUUUCGGGGCCGUUCUCGUCCCGGGAAAGCGUUGAAGAGAUUAAAGUUGAGCCGGAGAAAAAGGAGGUAAAAAAAGCAACCAGCAUUUGGGCGUGGUCAAAGAAGAAAGAGGAGCCGAAAGAAGAGGUGGUCGUGGAGAAGAAGGAGCCGGAAGGAGUGGAGUACGCACUCAGGGUUCUCCCGGUGGGCGGCUACGUGAGCUUCCCGAACAACUACGAGGUAGACGAGGAUGGGGUGGUGACAGAGCUCGAUGAUCCCGACCUGCUGUACAACCGGUGA